AUGGACCCCAGACUUUGUGCUCAGGACAUCCUUAAUUGUGACCUCUGUGAAGACACAGUUGUACAAAUGUACUGUAACUUAUGUCCAAUGAAUCUCUGUAAGAGUUGUGUUGUGGAACACAUCUCCGAUGUUUCUAGGAGGCAUGAUGUGGUGCCUUUUGCUUUGAGAAGGUCUAUGCUUGUAUACCCUCAAUGUUCAACUCAUUCUGAAGAGCACUGUGAAAUGCACUGUGAAGAUUGCAACAUUCAAGUGUGUCCAAAAUGUGUUAUUUCUGAGACACAUAAGAGACAUCAUUUCAAAAGUCUACAAGACCUAGUAAACUCAAAGAAAGAAUGCAUUGAACAGGAAAGAAAAAGACUGAAAGAAACAGUUUAUUUUAAAAUUGAAGAUAUUGUUACUGAAAUAGAAACCCAGCUAGCCGAAAUAGAUGGAGAAUACGAGAAACUUACAUCAGAGGUCACAAAACAAGGAGAAGAAUUGCACAGCGAAUUUGACAAAGUUAUACAGAAAAACAAGGAAGAAAUCAACGGGAUGAGAAACCAACACAGAGAUGCCCUAAAUAAACAUCUAAAUGACAUAAAGAAACUUGAUGCUGAUGUUGAACAAUCUAUAUCUGAAACUGAAGACAUUUUACAAUCCAAAGAAGUAAACAGAUCACUUUCCUACAAGAUAAAAUCAGAAAAAUUCACCAAACUUCCAUCAAAACUGAUAUUUAAGUUUCCUGUGUUUACUGGAAAUAAUGAUAGAGAUCAAUGUUCUCAAUUAUUUGGUUCUAUUUCACCAUUAUCAAUUACAACAGAAGAACAUGGCUACACAAUGGAGACACCAGAAGCUGAAUACUGUCCUCCAGUCAAACCACUGCUUGAUGAACCAGAGCUGAUCACCAAUAUAGACACUGAAUAUAACAAACUAUACAGUGUUACUUGUCUCAGUGAUGAAGAAAUCUGGACAUGUGGAAAUUCCAAAAUCAUGAAACUCUAUAACCUCCAAGGCAAACUACUAAAGUCAAUCCAAACCAAGUCAGGGAUUAAACCAUGUGACAUAGCAGUUACAAGAAGUGGAGAUCUAGUUUAUGUUGAUCCUGAUGCAAGAACUGUAAACAUAGUGAAAAAUAAACAGAUACAGGAAGUGAUCAGACUACAGGGGUGGAGACCUUACAAUGUCUGUAGUACAUCCUUUGGUGAUCUACUGGUUACCAUGCACAGUGAUGAUAAACAAUCAAAAAUUGUCUGUUACUCUGGCUCCACAGAGAAACAAACCAUUCAGUUUGAUAGUGAAGGUAAACCUCUGUAUUCAUCUGGUUACAUUACAUACAUCAGUGAGAACAGGAACCUGGAUAUCUGUGUGGCUGACGAUGGAGCCAGUGCAGUAGUGGUGGUUAAUCAGGCAGGAAAACUCCGAUUUAGAUACAAUGGUCAUCCCUCUGCAACCAAGAAAUUAUUCUAUCAUUUCUUUUAUAACCAGGGAUCAUUUAAACCAGGGGGCAUCACAACAGACAGCCAGAGUCAGAUCCUGACAUCAGACACUAACAACAACUGUAUCCACAUCCUAGAUCAGGACGGACAGUUCCUCCGUUACAUUGAAUACAGUGAUCUACGGCGUCCAUGGGGUAUAUGUGUAGACAAUAGAGAUAGCCUCUUUGUGGCUGAGUUAUACAGUGGUAAAGUGAAGAAAAUCAAAUACAUGUAAACAAUGUGUGCUGAAAUUUA